CUUAAACGCAACACCGAGUCAAUCUUCGUGCUCAAUCUUCUCCGCCGCUCAAUCUUCGUCCGCAUCAACUCCGCCGCACCGACCAGCGCGGAAACGGAGGUUGUCAGGUUCCCGCCGCUCCGGUAACCAUAUUUCCAUAGGAUGUUUGUUAAAAGGAGUUCUUAGCGGUUGUUCCGCCACUUUUAAAGCCUCUCAAGUUGCUCAUGAUCAGAAAUUUCUGAGGAGCGGACUGUGUAUGAAUUGAGGGAUGAUGAAGUUUGCUGGAUGUUCUAUUACAGCUUCUUUGACUCCUAUCCAGCCUUUCAUUCAGAGAAGCCAUCCUAGGCUGUCAAUCAGUGUUUUACAGGAGAAUUUAUAUAAACCACAGAAACUUGGAGAAGGUUCAGAAGCAGAAAUGGUUGCUAGACGUUAUUCCCCUCCUUUGUUUAGUGUUGCUCCUAUGAUGGAUUGGACUGAUAAUCACUACAGAACUCUUGCUCGUAUGAUAUCAAAGCAUGCGUGGCUGUACACCGAGAUGCUUGCUGCUGAAACAAUUGUUUAUCAGAAGGAUAAUCUUGACAGAUUUUUAGCAUUUUCUCCAGAGCAACAUCCCAUUGUCCUGCAAAUUGGUGGAAACAAUCUUAAUAACAUUGCAAAAGCUGUUGAACUUGCCAAGCCUUACGGCUACGAUGAAAUUAAUUUAAACUGUGGAUGUCCAAGUUCAAAGGUGGCUGGACAUGGGUGCUUUGGUGUUCGCCUUAUGCUGGAUCCUAAGUUUGUUGGUGAAGCCAUGUCAGUAAUUGCUGCUAACACUGAUGUCCCUGUAAGCGUGAAAUGUCGAAUUGGUGUCGAUGACCAUGAUUCAUAUAAUGAGCUUUGUGAUUUUGUUUACAAAGUUUCUUCUUCGUCGCCAACUAGGCAUUUCAUAAUCCAUUCCCGCAAGGCGUUACUCAACGGUAUCAGCCCAGCUGAAAAUCGAGAAAUUCCUCCUUUGAAGUAUGAAUAUUUCUAUGCACUAAUGCGCGACUUUCCAGACUUGAGAUUCACAAUAAAUGGGGGCAUUAAGACCGUUGAUGAGGCUAAUGCUGCUCUGAGACUAGGAGCUCAUGGUGUAAUGGUGGGCCGAUCUGCUUACCAGAACCCUUGGCGUACCUUAGGACAUGUCGACACUGCAAUUUACGGUGCACCUAGCAGUGGUAUCACACGACGUCAGGUCCUUGAACAGUAUCAAGUAUAUGGGGAUUCUGUUUUGGGUACAUAUGGAAAUAGACCAAGCAUACGAGAGGUUGUGAAGCCGUUGCUUCAUCUUUUUUAUACAGAUCCUGGGAAUGGUCCAUGGAAGCGUAAAGCCGAUGCCGCUUUUCAGCACUGCAAGACCAUCAAGUCAUUUUUCGAUGAAACACUUGUAGCAAUUCCAGAUUAUAUAUUGGAUGCUCCUGUAGCAGAACCACCAUCUGGACGUGAAGAUCUUUUUGCCAAUACACUUAGUUUGAUGCCUCCUCCAUAUGAAGAUAGAGAGCAAAAGAUAUUAUUGGAGGCUUAA